AUGUCGAUCGAUGAAGAGAACGGAACUCCAAUCGAACCUUCAAACGCUCCUGAAACCACCGCCAAAGAGACUUGGUCCAGUCUAUUGCUCCGUCAAGCUUCCGUCUACGGCGUCGCUGCCGGUUACUGCAUCUCAGCUUCUCUCCUCUCGAUCAUCAACAAAUGGGCGAUCAUGAAAUUCCCUUACCCAGGCGCGUUAACCGCGAUGCAGUACUUCACGAGCGCCGCCGGCGUCUUGCUCUGCGCUCAGACGAAGCUAAUCGAGCACGAUCCACUCAAUCUCGCAACCAUGUGGAGGUUCCUCCCCGCGGCGAUGAUAUUCUACUUGUCCCUCUUCACCAACAGCGAGCUCCUCCUCCACGCCAACGUCGACACGUUCAUCGUCUUCCGCUCCGCAGUCCCGAUCUUCGUCGCGAUCGGGGAAACGAUCUUCCUCCACCAGCCGUGGCCGUCGAUGAAAACCUGGGGAUCUCUGGCUACAAUCUUCGGUGGAAGCCUGCUUUACGUUUUCACUGAUUAUCAGUUCACGAUCGCUGCUUAUAGCUGGGCUCUUGCGUAUCUCGUGAGCAUGACGAUUGAUUUCGUUUACAUCAAGCAUGUGGUGAUGACGAUUGGGUUGAACACAUGGGGGCUUGUGCUCUACAAUAACCUUGAGGCUCUGCUUUUGUUUCCUCUUGAGCUGCUUAUAAUGGGAGAGUUGAAGAAGAUCAAGCAUGAGAUCACUGACGAGACUGAUUGGUACUCGUUUCAGGUGCUUUUACCUGUUGGUUUGUCGUGUUUGUUUGGGUUGGCGAUAUCGUUCUUUGGGUUCUCGUGCCGCCGGGCGAUUUCGGCGACGGGGUUUACGGUUCUUGGGAUUGUGAACAAGCUGUUGACUGUUGUGAUCAAUUUGAUUGUUUGGGAUAAGCAUUCGACGUUCGUUGGCACUUUGGGGCUUUUGAUUUGUAUGUUUGGUGGUGUCAUGUAUCAGCAGAGUACUGUUAAGAAACCGCAAGAAGAGAAACCGGAAGAGGAAGAUGAGGAGGAGCAAGAGAAGCUGCUAGAGAUGCAGGAGAGUAAGAGUGUUGAUGUAAAGGAAGCUCUGAAUGCAGAAGGUGGUAAAUAG